AUGGCUAUGAAUCAAAUCCCCGGGCUGAACAUCUAUAUUGGAGGGUUGGUUGCUCCUUCCCCGUCCUGUACCAAACCGUCCCCCUCCCCUGGGCACGAUUCCCUCUCUUCGCGGGGGCUUACGUCUAGUAUAAUGGCACUCAAGAACAAAGCUGCCUUGACUAGAGCAAACAUUACACAUGUUGUUUCUGUGUUGCGACUCAGUGACGCCGAUGAGGCAUUAGAUCCCUUUCAACAGCUCUGCAUAGAGAUCGAUGACAUCGAGAAUGAAGACUUGCUCGAACAUAUUCCAGUUGCCCUUGAGUUCAUCCAGUCCGGUCUGGAUGCUGGUGGAAGUGUGCUUGUGCAUUGUGCUAUGGGGAAAUCCCGUUCGGCUGCCAUUUGUAUCGCGUACAUGCUUCACCGUCAGCCUACCGCGUUGACGCCAGAGUCCGCGCUUGAUAUCAUCAGACAGAACCGCCCGCUCUGUGAGCCCAAUAGCGGGUUUAUGGAACAGCUCUCGGUGUAUCAUCAGAUGGGAUGUCCAGCUGAGGUCCUCACCCACCCUGUCUACGGUCGGUGGCUCUACCGCCGGGAGGUUGAGGACAGCGUCGCAUGUGGGCAAGCGCCGAAGAUGGGGUCCGUGCUGUUUGAAGAUGAGCAGUCACACCACCCAAACGAAACUGUGGGUCGACAGACAGAGAUCAAAUGUCGGAAAUGCAGACGCAAGUUGGCGACAACGCCGUUCAUCAUACCCCAUACUCCCAAAAAGGACGUCAGGGCUCCCACAACCGAGUGCGCUCAUGUGUUCCUCCAUCCGCUGACGUGGAUGCGUCCGUCCCUCUUUCCCAAUGUUAACUCCAGCUCUUCCAAGUCGCCGUACGGUACGCCGCCGGAGGAGGCCCCGUUAUCUGGCCGCCUGACCUGCCCCAAUACAGGAUGUGGGGCUAAUAUCGGUAAGUUCGCGUGGCAGGGCAUGCAAUGUAGCUGUACCGAGUGGAUAGUCCCGGCCAUUGGUCUUGCGAAGGCCAGGGUGGACAUCUCCAAUUCAGUCAACAUUAGUCGUGGGCCUGGGAACUUGGCCGCUGCGACGGGGAUUCGCCUACCCCCUGGAAUGAAACCUAAUCCCGUAGAUGGAGGCAAUGGACGAGGGAAUCUCUGA